GUCGCCCAAAACAGCUAUCCGCUUGCUGAAGCAUGGCAAGCUAGCCUGAAGCGAUGAUGCUGGCAGCAAAUGGAUGACGAUGUGGACUGCAGCCCCACUGAGCAGUGGCUUUCUGAGGUUCUGGGCCAAUGCGAAGGGAGAUCAUCAGAAGGCUUCUUCGGCUGGCUGCGCUCGCUGAGUGCACGCUCCGAGCUCGAGCCUCCUGAAGGAGGCGAAGCGGAGGAACUGGAGGCGGAGUCGUGCCCUGAGCUGGCACCUUAUCCCUUGGCUGAGGGAGCCCAGGGCAACCAGUGCUCCUUCCUUUUGCAAGGGAAGGAAGAGGACGGUGACCGCCCCCGCUGCUGGCUACUUUUGCUGGCCGCAAGUCCUUUUGGCUGCUCAAGGAAGCUGGAAGAGCUGUUGGAGGAAGCACGGCAUCAAUGCCCCCAGUGCCAGCAGUCUUUGCUGCUCCACCGGGGUGCCUACCUUUGUGGUGAGCGCCGGAUAUUGCUGACUUUUCAGGAAGAUUCAGGCAGAAGUUCAUGGCUGAGAUGCCAAGAUUGCAAAUCCAAGUGGACUAUGCCACAGGAUCGUUUGCUCCAAAUGCCCGUGGCCGCUUUCUUUUCGCUCCUGUGGUUUUGCCCUCAUGAGUUGCCCUGUGGCCAUAGCUUCGCCAGCGGGUCGUGGGAGCUGGCAAAUGCGACCUUCGCCGUGAAUGUGGUGGAGCCUUUGGCGCUGGAAAUGAGAGGGCCUCCUUUGAGGCCCCUCAUCCCAAAACAGGACAUUUGCGAGGCGGUGCCAGGGCCGGGAAUCAAGGAAGAGCUCAUUGCAGUGCUCCACCGCGCGGAACAGCUCCUGGAGUCACAGCUCAGCAAUGUACUGCGUGACUUUCGGCAGGUGGGAUCCGAUGGUCAGGUGCCGAAGCGCAAUGCCUGGUUUUGGAAUCACUCGGACGAACGGGCUUUGAAAUGUGCUCUGCGAAGCCGUAGCUUGCUGGAAGCUUCAUCGAUCUUGCGGCGCUGUGCCGGCAAGCUGCAAUGCUGGGACGAAGGACCUCCAUUGGUAAACCUGGGGAUGACAUGCCAUUUACACAGCUCUUUGGCAGAGUGCAACCAGCUGCUCGCAGGUGAUCUUGAAGUACCAGGUGAUCUUGAACAAGCCGAGGCCUCUGAUACAGAGGAGGACAUAGACAUCUCUCAGGCAUGCACAAGCCGAGGCAUCCCCGCGAAGAUCAUCGCCAAAAGCAAGUUGACUCGGCGCUGCACCGACAUCGGCUUUGCCAAGACGGAGAAGCGGCGGCAGCGCUCUUUGUCGGCUCCCCCGAAGUUUGGGCUCCAGGAAGAGCAGAACUGCAGAGACAAGGGCAAGUCUUUGGAUGACUCUUCCUUGGAUUCCUUGCUUUAUGUUGGCGUUCCGAAACUGGCAAGCAUGGAUCCCAGAAUGAUCCUGAAGCGCUUUUAUUCAUCCUUGGUGGGCGCUGAUGGCGAGGAUCAGCCCCAACCGAUCACAUUUCGAGGCUCUUCAUCUUCCUUGUUAAGCGACACUUGGGCCAACCUUUGUACAGAGCCACGGCGAGUUUUUGAACAUGCUGGCUAUCAGGAGCCCUAUGAUUUCCGAGUCUCUUGCGGAAUCAAGGGCAUGGCUAUUCCCCUACCAUCGAUCAUGGAGACCGCAGACGACGUUGGAGCUAUCAUUGCGCAUGCGCUGUUGUCUACCCAGCAUUGGGAACUGUUGCGCAGCCGCUUGCAAGGUCAUUGCUUGAAAGAAACAGGAGAACUUUGCUGCGUGUCGAGCAACGUGGAGCACUGUGAUUUCUGUUCGAUUGAAGGGGAGGACUCUUCCAUCCCAAGCAUGGUCAAGGCUCCAGACGGCACUUCUUGGAACGUUGAAGUGCUGGCUCCACUUCGCUUUCACUUGCUGCGACACCUUGGCUUUGGCAACGAUGCGAACUUCUGCGAGAUUUUGCGGCGCUGCGGUUCACACCAGACCUCUGGAGGGAAGAGCAAGAGCGCUUUCUGGAAGUCAGCUUGCGGGCAACUCCUUCUCAAGGAAGUCCGCGCAGCAGAAGCGAGUCAUCUUGCAAGCAUGGCAGGUCCCUUUGCAGUCAGACUCGCAGAAGCACUGAGGGGCGAGCCCUCGUUGCUUUGCGAAGUCUUUGGCCUCUUCAAGGUCUCGAAACUGGGGAAGCGACAGCAGACACGCACCAUCCUCAUCAUGCGGAACCUGCUACAGGACAUCAACGAGGACUGGCAGAUCUUCGAUGUGAAAGGUGCCGCCCACCGGCAUGCGCCGAACGGGGCGAACGAGGAAGCGGCCGUGAAGUGGGAUGGCGGCUUCGUGGAAAUGUUUGGGGCACUGCCCAAGGUGCUGAAGCCAGCAGAUCAGGAGGCCCUAGAGCUGGCGCUGAAAUGUGACUUGCACGUCCUUCGUGAGCUGGGGCUGGUGGACUACUCCUUGUUGAUGGCUUUUCACCUGGAGUCGAAAAGGGUGAGACUUGCAAUCAUCGAUUUUCUGCAGCCUUACACUCUGAACAAACAGCUGGAGUCCACCGUGAAGAAGUUAGUUCAGCGUCAUGAGCCGACCAUCGUGGAGCCCGUGCAAUACGCGAAGCGAUUCCAGGAAUUCAUUCGGAAGGCCUUUCAAUCCGCUGUGGGAAGCCAGCCAUCAUGAUGGCUCAUUUCUUGUUGGGCGUUUGUAUUCCUGACGACGUAGGCAUGGCUGACGCCUUGGCUGUCGAAGCAUGCCUUUCCAGUCGCGCACCUGAGACGUUGCAAAGAUGUACAGGCACACAGUGUUGCGGUCUCAGACAACUCAAAUGCCUACCAGGUUGAGAAAUACCAACCGCCACUCUUGGAGAACCCUCAUCUCCUCCAAAUUCAAGUGCGUUUUCUCGCGCCCGAAGAAGGGUGUCGGGUGUCGGCCUUCUCACCGAGAACCGCAGAUUCCGAGAACCGCAGACGACCGUCUCACCUCGAAA